AUGAAAUCAAGAGAAUUACAACUUCAUUUUGAUUUAUAAGCAAUCGAUGAUUCAAAUCUUAAAUCUGAAAAAAGAGUUGAUAAAAUUAAUAAACCGAAAUAAAUUGAAGAUCCAGAUAAUUAAUCAAAAUCAAAUCUAUUUUCUGAAAUGGAAAAUUCUCCAACACCUAAUUAGAAUAAAGGUUAACAUUCAUUGAAAAUUUAUUCUAAUGAUAAAGAUCUUCUCUAUUUUUAAAAAAGUUUAUCAAAAACAAACAAUGAAUAUGGAAAUGCAGAAAUCUAAUAGAGAAUUUUAUAUGCUUAGGAACUUAAAAAAAAGGGUAAUUUAUAUUACUCUGACAAAAAAUUUGAAGAGGCUAUAUCAUUAUAUACUGAAGCACUAUUUUUCGUUUAAGAUAAUGUCUUAUUAUUGCUUAAUAGAGCAAUAGCUUAUAUAAAAGUUUAGAAAUUCGAUUAAGCUAUUUAAGAUUGUACAUUAGUACUCUAGAUUGUAUAAAGUAAAGAAGAAAGAUCUGCAUAAAUAAUUGAUAGUUUUUUCAAAGCACAUUUAAGAAGAGCUCUAGCUUAUUACAAAACUGGAUAAUUAUUAAAGGCUUUAUAAGAUGUUAAAUUAGCAAUUUAGAUUGAUCCAUCUGAUAAAGAUGCUUAACAAUUAAAAAUAGAUGUCAAGAAUUAUUUAUUACUUGAAUCUAUUGAUUAAUAAAAUAAAUCAGAUUCCUGUAAAGUUAUAGAGGAAUAAUGUGAAACAAAUUUUGAUAAACAACCUGUGUAAUAAAUAUAAAAUUCAAACGAAGAUACUUAAAGUAAUUAAUUUGUCAAUUCUAAAUGGAGUAUUGAUACUAUAAAAACAUCUUCUUAAUUUAAAUUUCAACAAAAUAAUUUGAAUUAUAAGAAUGUACUUGAUGCAUUUUUUCUCUAAAAUUAACAUUAUGAUUUAUUUUAGGUUUUGUAAGUAAUGAGAUAAUACACAGAUAAAGCAGCUGCUUAUUUUUAUGAUAAUAAAGGAAUUGAAACUUUGAUAACAAUUAUAAAAACAGAUGAAGAAUUUCUUCAUGAUCAAUACAACGUAUAUUUUCUUAAAAAAUUAGUUUAUGGCAAGUUUGCCUGCUUUGAUUUUGUAAUGUUAUUAAGAAUAAAAUUAAUUAUAUCAAGAAUAAUUUAUAUUGCAAUAUAAUGGUGUUGAUAUUAUAAUUUAAAAGAUCAUAAAAUUGCUCAACAAAGCCAAUUAAAAGAAAAAAUCUGCUAUCUUUGAUUGUAUUCGAGAUUAUAUUGAAGCAAUAAAUAUUAUGAAUGAAGAAAAGACUCGAAUUCUUAUUUAAUCUAAUCCUCAUAUAAUCACAACUCUUUAUCCUGAAAUAUUUAUUAGAAUUUUAAGUCUUUCUGAAACAGAAUAUGAUUUAGUUUCAUCAUUUUUAAGUUUGUGUGCCAAUUUAUGCUAUGAUUAAACUAGUUUUCUUCGUUAAAUCUUUUUUAAUCAUUUUGAUCAAAUAAUAGAUUAGAUUUCUCAAAUUUAUUAAAAUGUAGAACUCUCAUAAUACUCUUGUGAUAUGUAUGUUCAAUUAUUGAAUUUACUAUCAAAUUUAUUAAUUGAAGAUCAAUUUAGAAAGAAAUUCAAGGAUUACAAUUUUAAUAGAUAAUUUUAUAUCCAUUUUUUUAGAUUGUUAAAGUAACUUCAAAUUAACUUAGACCCUAAUUAUGAUGAAUUAAUUUCUAUUUCUCUUGGUUUUUUGAUAAAUUUAUUUCACCAAACGAGUUCAAUUUUAUCAGAUUAAUUGAUUAUUGAAUUGAAAUAAUUACCAAAAAUUUUGGAAGCUUUUACUUUUUCUAGAAAUUCUCUAAUUUUAGAAAGGGUAGAGAUAGUAUAAGGAAACUUAAAUAUAUAUAGAGAAUCCUCUUUUAUUAAUCUAAAAUUAAAAGUAANCUUAACAAUUAAAAAUAGAUGUCAAGAAUUAUUUAUUACUUGAAUCUAUUGAUUAAUAAAAUAAAUCAGAUUCCUGUAAAGUUAUAGAGGAAUAAUGUGAAACAAAUUUUGAUAAACAACCUGUGUAAUAAAUAUAAAAUUCAAACGAAGAUACUUAAAGUAAUUAAUUUGUCAAUUCUAAAUGGAGUAUUGAUACUAUAAAAACAUCUUCUUAAUUUAAAUUUCAACAAAAUAAUUUGAAUUAUAAGAAUGUACUUGAUGCAUUUUUUCUCUAAAAUUAACAUUAUGAUUUAUUUUAGGUUUUGUAAGUAAUGAGAUAAUACACAGAUAAAGCAGCUGCUUAUUUUUAUGAUAAUAAAGGAAUUGAAACUUUGAUAACAAUUAUAAAAACAGAUGAAGAAUUUCUUCAUGAUCAAUACAACGUAUAUUUUCUUAAAAAAUUAGUUUAUGGCAAGUUUGCCUGCUUUGAUUUUGUAAUGUUAUUAAGAAUAAAAUUAAUUAUAUCAAGAAUAAUUUAUAUUGCAAUAUAAUGGUGUUGAUAUUAUAAUUUAAAAGAUCAUAAAAUUGCUCAACAAAGCCAAUUAAAAGAAAAAAUCUGCUAUCUUUGAUUGUAUUCGAGAUUAUAUUGAAGCAAUAAAUAUUAUGAAUGAAGAAAAGACUCGAAUUCUUAUUUAAUCUAAUCCUCAUAUAAUCACAACUCUUUAUCCUGAAAUAUUUAUUAGAAUUUUAAGUCUUUCUGAAACAGAAUAUGAUUUAGUUUCAUCAUUUUUAAGUUUGUGUGCCAAUUUAUGCUAUGAUUAAACUAGUUUUCUUCGUUAAAUCUUUUUUAAUCAUUUUGAUCAAAUAAUAGAUUAGAUUUCUCAAAUUUAUUAAAAUGUAGAACUCUCAUAAUACUCUUGUGAUAUGUAUGUUCAAUUAUUGAAUUUACUAUCAAAUUUAUUAAUUGAAGAUCAAUUUAGAAAGAAAUUCAAGGAUUACAAUUUUAAUAGAUAAUUUUAUAUCCAUUUUUUUAGAUUGUUAAAGUAACUUCAAAUUAACUUAGACCCUAAUUAUGAUGAAUUAAUUUCUAUUUCUCUUGGUUUUUUGAUAAAUUUAUUUCACCAAACGAGUUCAAUUUUAUCAGAUUAAUUGAUUAUUGAAUUGAAAUAAUUACCAAAAAUUUUGGAAGCUUUUACUUUUUCUAGAAAUUCUCUAAUUUUAGAAAGGGUAGAGAUAGUAUAAGGAAACUUAAAUAUAUAUAGAGAAUCCUCUUUUAUUAAUCUAAAAUUAAAAGUAAUUGGAUAGAUGAAAAAUGUUAAUAAUUUUCAUUGA